AAGUCACUGUAUGUCACAUAAAACGUCAAAAUAAAAAACAUGUUGCCAUUCACAAAUUCAAGCCUAGUAGCAAAGUUAUUGCAGCGAUCGCAUAAAAUAUAUCAAAAAACGGAUAUAAUGGCUAAAAGUACAUUUGAAUAUGUGAAGAAAUUUGAAUUGGAUGAUACUAUUCUACCAAACACGUGGAUGGUUGUUCGAUUGGAUGGAAAGUGCUUCCACAAGUUUUCAGAUGAUCACAACUUUGCAAAACCGAAUGAUAUUCGAGCAUUGAGGUUAAUGAACUUCGCAGCUUUUAGUGUAUUACGCGAAUUUAAUGAUGUAUUAAUGGCAUUUGGUCAGAGCGACGAAUAUUCUUUUAUAUUUAGGAAACAUACUACAUUGUAUAAGAGACGAGCAGCAAAACUUCUUACUACCAUCAACAGUAAAUUCUCCUCUUCAUAUGUGUACUACUGGCCUAAAUUUUUCGAACGAGAACCAUUAAAAUAUCCUCCAGCAUUUGAUGGGCGCAUUGUCACAUAUCCUUCAGAGGAAAAUUUAAUAGAUUAUAUGAAGUGGAGACAGGCAGAUGUUCAUAUAAAUAAUUUAUACAACACAACUUUUUGGACUCUUGUAUUAAAAGGAAACCUAACCCCUCAACAGGCUGAGAAACGAUUAUGUGGCACAGUAUCAGCAGACAAAAAUGAAAUAUUAUUUCAAGAGUUUAAUAUGAAUUAUAACAAUGAACCUGAAAUAUUCAAGCGAGGAACUCUAUUAAUUAGGAAAAGCAUUUCUAAUGAUCAAGAACAUCAAAGUGUGAUUAUUGAUGUACAUGAUGAUAUGUUAAGAGAUAAAUUUUGGGUUGAACAUUCCAGUCUGUUAUUAGAAAAAAAAAUAAAAACAAAUCUGGUUUAUGAAGGUCCCAUAACUGAUAUAAUACAGGAACAAAAAAAACAUAUAAAGAAAUAACAAAAGAUAUGUCAAAAUACAUUAUAAAUCAUUAUAUAAUUGAUGAAUUUCUAGUUUUUUUCUGGAUAAUUUCAGUGACAUAAACAUGUCUUAGUGGAAGUGCAUUUUUCGAAUGAUUCUAAUGCUGUUUUAAAACAAUAUUUUCACCAUAAUACUUUUCGCACAGGCAUAUUAAAAUAUUAUUAAAAUUUUUGUUAUGCUAAUA